AUGACUAGCGUAGCAGACGCUGAGCGUGACAAAUACAGCAUGAUAAACUUCGAAGAGACCGAGUUGCGGCUCGGACUCCCCGGUGGCUCAGUGAAUGAUCACGGCGAGCCAACGGUGAAAAGCAGUUGCGGAAAGAGAGGUUUCGCAGAAACUGCUAAUAUGGAUUUGAAGCUUAAUCUUUCUCCUACUAAUGACUCUGUUUCAUCUUCUUCAACUGUAGCUUCUGUUACUGCAAACAAAGGGAAAGAGAAAACUUCAACAUCAGUUACUGCACCUCCCCGCGCCAAAGCACAAGUUGUGGGAUGGCCACCAGUUAGAUCCUUCAGAAAGAACAUAGUGAAUGUUCAAAAGAGCAACAAUGAAUCAGAACAAGAAAAGAACACAAAUGUUGGAAAUGGAGCAUUUGUUAAGGUGAGCAUGGAUGGUGCACCUUAUUUACGUAAGGUAGACCUUAACUUGUACAAGAGCUACCAAGAGCUGUCAGAUGCGCUGGCUAAAAUGUUUAGUUCUUUCACAAUUGACAACUGUGGGUCCCAAGUUACCAAAGACUUUAUGAAUGAAAGCAAAUUGAUUGACCUCUUGAACGGCUCUGAUUAUGUGCCAACAUACGAAGACAAAGAUGGUGAUUGGAUGCUUGUCGGCGAUGUUCCUUGGGAAAUGUUUGUUCACUCGUGCAAGCGUCUUCGCAUAAUGAAAGGUUCUGAGGCAAUUGGACUAGCACCAAGGGCAGUGGAAAAGUGCAAGAACAGAAGCUGA